UUUGGUGGACUUGACCAGAAUUCAGAGUAGAACAAGGUCUCAGAUUCCAUUGUAGCUCCCUUUCUUCCUUCAGUCACUCAACGCCGUUUAUGCAGCUCCUGUCUCUUCCCCGUCAAAGUUACGCGUCAACUGCCACCAUAUUGGCUAAUUCUCAGAUUACUCACUAUGCUCGUCUUAACCAGAUUGAUAAUGCUCGACGAGUUUUCGAUCAAUUACCGGAAAAAAAUAUUGCUUCUUGGAACUCCAUUAUCGCUGGCUAUUUCCAAAAUAACCAGCCUGAUGAAGCACGUCACCUGUUCGACAUAAUGCCCGAGAGAAAUACAGUUUCUUGGAACGGUUUGAUAUCUGGAUAUGUCAGGAAUGGAAUGGUUCGCCAAGCUCGCCAAGCAUUUGAUAUGAUGCCCGAGAGAAACGUUAUCUCAUGGACUGCUGUUAUAAGAGGUUAUGUAGAACAGGGAUUGACACCUGUUGCUGAAUCUCUUUUCUGGAAAAUGCCAGAGAAAAAUGUGGUUUCAUGGACAGUAAUGUUGGGUGGCUUGAUUCAAGACAGACGAAUUGGCGAUGCUAGACGAUUAUACGAGUUGAUGCCGGUGAAGGAUGUAGUUGCUAAGACUAAUAUGAUUUCCGGAUAUUGUCAAGCAGGUAAAAUGGCUGAAGCCAAGAAACUUUUUGAUGAAAUCCCAUAUCCUAAUGUGAUCUCUUGGACCACCAUGGUCACUGGUUAUGCACAGAAUCAACAGGUUGAUGUUGCUAGGACGCUCUUUGAGAUGAUGCCGGAGAAGAAUGAGGUAUCUUGGACAGCAAUGCUGAUGGCUUAUACUCAAUGUGGACGGAUUAAAGAAGCUGAAGAGCUCUUUAACGCAAUGCCCAUGGAGUCGAUUAUUGCCUGCAAUACAAUGAUAGUUGCGUUUGGAAAUAGUGGAGAAGUUUCAAAGGCAAAGCUAACAUUUGAUCACAUGGUGACAAGAGAUGAUAUUUCGUGGAGUACAAUGAUUAAAGUUUAUGAACGUAAUGGGUUUGAAUUGGAAGCAAUGGAUUUGUUUUCCUUGAUGCAAAGUGAACGAAUUCGACCUAACUUUCCAUCUUUGAUCAGUAUUCUUUCUGUUUGUGCCAGUCUUGCAAGUCUGUAUCGUGGCAGACAAAUUCAUGCCCAGUUGUUGAGAUCACAGUUCAUAGACGAUGUAUAUGUUUCCUCGGUUUUAAUCACGAUGUACAUAAAAUGCGGGGAUCUAAUCAAGGCAAGACUCGUUUUCGAUAAUUUUUCUCCCAAGGAUACUGUGAUGUGGAACUCCAUAAUAACAGGUUAUGCCCAAUAUGGUCUUGAAGCAGAUGCCUUAUUAGUGUUUGACAAAAUGUCCAAUGCUGGUGUGGCAGCUGAUGAUGUUACUUUUGUUGGAGUUCUUUCUGCUUGUAGUUACACAGGAAAGGUUGAAGAAGGAUUGAAGAUUUUUGAGUCCAUGGAAUCCAAGUAUCGAGUUGUCCCAAAGACUGAACACUAUGCCUGUAUGGUGGAUUUGAUGGGUCGAGCUGGACGUUUAACAGAAGCAAAUGAUCUUAUUGAGAGGAUGCCUAUGAAACCAGAUGCGACCCUUUGGGGCUCACUAAUGGGAGCAUGUAGGAUUCACAAGAACAUGGAUUUGGCCGAAAUUGCAGCUAAAAAGCUUUUAGAAUUGGAGCCCAAUAAUACUGGGCCCUAUGUUUUGCUAUCAAACAUAUACGCGUCAAGUGGUAGAUGGAACGACGUUGCAGAUCUUAGGAGAAACAUGGUAUCGAGAAAUAUGAGGAAGUCGCCUGGUUGUAGCUGGAUCGAGGUAGAAAAACGAGUGCAUACUUUCACAGGUGGAGAAAGCACUCCCCAUCCUGAACAUUUGAUGAUCAUCAAGAAGUUGGAAGAGUUGAGUGGGUUAUUAAAAGAAGCUGGAUAUGCUCCUGAUUCAAGUUUUACCCUUCAUGAUAUAGACGAAGAAGAGAAGGUACAAAGUUUAGGUCAUCACAGUGAGAAACUAGCCGUUGCUUAUGGAUUGUUGAAGGUCCCAAAAGGAAUGCCUAUCCGUGUGAUGAAGAACCUUCGAGUUUGUGGUGAUUGCCAUUCUGCUAUUAAAUUAAUUGCUAUGGUCACCAAGCGGGUGGUUAUAUUGAGGGAUGCAAACAGAUUUCAUCACUUUGAGAAUGGCUCGUGUUCUUGUCAUGACUAUUGGUGAUAAUUUUCAAAUCGUAGGAAAACCUUUUCCAACACAUUUGUUAGAAGACGAACAGUUACAUAGAGUUAAGAACCUUUAGCACUAAAUCAACAAUUAUUUAUGAGGAUAGAAAGUCCUGAAAAGGGUUGGAUGAUUUUUAAGGGCACAUUCACUUUCAAUGAUCAGGUUCUUAGGUCUGAAUUCAAUAUAUAUUCUACCUUCAAAUUCAUGCAGAUCUAUCUCA